GUGCUGAGGGGACACGUGUCGGUGUGGCACCGGUGCACGCUGAAGGAGCCGGUGGAGCCGGGUGGCCAUGGGGAUGUGGGCGUCGCUGGACGCGGUGUGGGAGAUGCCGGCCGAGAAGCGUAUCUUCAUGGCCGUGUUGCUCUUCUCCUGGACGGUGUAUCUCUGGGAGACCUUCCUAGCGCAGCGGCAGAGGAGGAUAUAUAAAACAACAACUCGUGUACCACCAGAGUUGGGACAGAUCAUGGACUCCGAAACAUUUGAGAAAUCUCGACUAUACCAACUGGAUAAAAGUACUUUCAGCUUCUGGUCAGGACUCUAUUCAGAGGUUGAAGGCACUUUUAUUCUUCUCUUUGGAGGAAUCCCUUAUCUCUGGAAACUCUCUGGACGAUUCUGUGGUUACGCUGGCUUUGGACCAGAAUAUGAGAUCACUCAGUCCUUGGUGUUUCUGCUGUUGGCUACACUUUUCAGCGCAUUGACUGGUUUGCCAUGGAGUCUUUAUAACACUUUUGUGAUAGAAGAAAAACAUGGUUUCAAUCAUCAGACUUUAGACUUCUUCAUGAAAGAUGCAAUCAAGAAAUUUAUUGUGACUCAGUGUAUUUUAUUGCCUGUGUCUUCACUUCUACUUUACAUUAUUAAAAUUGGAGGGGACUAUUUUUUUAUUUAUGCCUGGCUGUUCACAUUAGUUGUUUCUCUGGUUCUUGUCACAAUCUAUGCUGAUUAUAUUGCCCCUUUAUUUGACAAAUUCACACCUCUCCCUGAGGGAAAGCUUAAACAAGAAAUUGAAGUAAUGGCAAAGAAUAUUGACUUUCCUUUGACAAAGGUGUAUGUUGUAGAAGGAUCUAAGCGCUCUUCCCACAGCAAUGCUUAUUUUUAUGGCUUCUUCAAGAACAAGCGAAUAGUUUUGUUUGACACUCUACUAGAAGAGUACUCUGUACUAAACAAAGACCUCCAGGAGGAGUCUGGCAUGGAACCCCGCAGUGAUGGAGAAGGGGACAGUGAAGAAAAAAAAGCUAAAGUUAAAACUAAGAAGCAAGGAUGUAAAAAUGAGGAGGUGCUUGCUGUACUAGGCCAUGAACUGGGGCACUGGAAGUUGGGACACACAGUCAAAAAUAUCAUUAUUAGCCAGAUGAAUUCUUUCCUGUGUUUUUUCUUGUUCGCUGUAUUAAUUGGUCGGAAGGAACUUUUUGCUGCAUUUGGUUUUUAUGACAGCCAACCCACUCUCAUUGGACUACUGAUCAUCUUCCAGUUUAUUUUUUCGCCAUAUAAUGAGGUUCUUUCUUUUUGCCUGACAGUUCUGAGCCGCAGAUUUGAAUUUCAAGCUGAUGCAUUUGCCAAGAACCUGGGGAAGGCUAAAGACUUAUAUUCUGCUUUAAUCAAACUCAACAAAGAUAACCUGGGGUUCCCUGUUUCGGACUGGCUGUUUUCCAUGUGGCAUUACUCUCACCCCCCACUACUAGAGAGACUUCAGGCUCUGAAAACCACAAAACAAGACUGAGCUCCUGGGCCUGCGACCCGAGACCGAGGCACCUGGGCCUGCGACCCGAGAGGCCCGAUGCGUUCUGUCCUGGCAGCAUGUUCCAGCUCCUGGUGUUUUUAGACUUUUUUUAGAAGAAAAAUUAUUAUUAAGUAUGGAAAAGCCCAGAUUUAAAUACACUUAAAAUCUCAUUUCAAAAAUGAUUUUAAUAAUCCAUUUCUUAAAGAAAACACUUGGAUAAAGUUUGAGGCUUAAUGUUUUUAAAGGCAUAGUUUUUUUUUUUUUUUAUGUUUGGCAUCUGAUUUCCCAUCAACCUACAAAUUUUCCUUGAGAAAAUACAGAAGUUACUUUAAUGAGACACGUAUGUGAUGUCUGCAUAUGAGCUGUUGGGGACACUGUCUCCGUGAGGGGACAGCGCCGCUUGUCCUUUCUGUGCCACAGAAGCUGUGUGUGGUCCCGAAUCACCGGGCACACACCCGAGUUGAAAUUUGUUGUCACUUGCCAGCUAUUGUGCUGUAACCCGGCCAGUCAGUGUCCUGGAUGAGAAUGACAGCAGCGUGGGGAGGCGGAUGUGCGUCAGUGGGAGUAGUCGGAAGUGGGCUCUGCUCGUCUGCCGGACUGCACGUCUUCCCUGUGCUCCAGGCCGCACGCUGACCGGCGUUGCCAGCAGUGCUUUGGAAGCAGAAAUUAUGUACAGGAUGUUUUAAAUCACUUUGUUUCCAUUUUUAAGAAGAACUUCAGUUUUUAUCUUUCCUCCCACCUGGUGAGCUACGGUCCCACUAGGGAUAAACUAGGCUUUCCUUCAUUCACUCUGUUUUACUCAGUCAAUACAUCGUGCAUCCUUUAGCACAGAUUGCCACACUGAACAGAUUUUGCUUUGUUGAAAGUGGCAGAAUGUGGAAAGAAGAAAAAAAAGACAGCUUAAGAGGCAUAAGGAUGAAGUACUGAUGAUUCUCUUAUGUACAGGAAAAAAUAUAGUUUUCUAUCUUUCAAGGACAGGAGAGUUUCAGUUUUUAUUUUUGUAAUUUUUACCAGUAAGUCGUAAGGACUAACUCGACCUGAUUCCAUUGUUGAAAAUUGUAGUUGUUGGCAUGCAGAUAAUGUUUCCUUGCAAAACAAACGCCCUGAAAGAUUUCCACUGUUGAAGGCCGGGUGUUGGUGGCUGCAGGCCUCUGCUGCUUUCUGAAUGAGAACUGACCUUGUGCCUCACCGUCUGGCUCACCUGCUCACUGGUGACGUUUACCUUCGGCGCAUGUCUUCCAGAGGGCAGUCGGCUGUGCACCUUCUGUGUCUGGCCACAAAGUCUUGGGCUCAGCUGACUUUCGAGUGGAAAUAGAAUACAAAUGAAAAUCUAGUUCAGUCCUACAUUAUUUAUUUUCCUAAGGCUACAGGGGAUCAGUCCAGUGGUUUUUAUCAGCAUCUGUGCCUGUGACUCCAUGCUCUGGUGACUGCCUUUCCUUCCUUCUGUGCCUUUAAGUACAAAUUUCAGUUCUGCACAAGUGAACCAUUAAAAAUUGCCAAUGCAGAUUGAUGUCCGUGGU